CGGAAUCACUGCAGCCCGAGACGCUGGGUGGUGGUGGUCUAGAGUCUAGACCACGGGAUGCGCGUGGGCCCAGACCUCGCUCAGGGCUGUUCUAUUUCGAUUCGGACAGGGGGGGCAACAGGUGGAUGGGAGAAUCAACACUAUAACCCACUUCCCAUACACUCGCACGCUCUCUUGUCAAACUUUCCGAUCCAUCUGCCAUCGACCGUCUUUCCCAUACUAGCCAUGCGCGACUGGGCCACCGCCUCUGCUCUGGACAUGGAAUUCUAAACCCUCUCUCUCUAGGCCCACCCACACCCAUCGGACCAUCUGCCCGGUCCAGAUCUUUGCUACUGAUAUACACUCUCGGCCAUGCCUCCAUCGUGCCCGUCUUCUGUCGUCACCUGUGUUUCACUUUCUCUUUUCUUGUACCUCCCUCGGUCGUGUUGUUGCUGGCCGUGAUACCUACCGUCAGUGGACCGUCUCCCGGAUACACCGCAUCAUCCUUCUGGCAAACGCCAAUGCCGGAACUCGCAGACGUGCUGGACCGUCUGGGUCUGUCCCAGUACCUGUCGGUCCUGUCUGAGAAUGGCUUCGAGACGUGGGACGUCGUCAUGGACGUGACAGAGGACGACCUGAAAGAGCUCGGCUUCAAGAUUGGCCAUCGCCGGACGCUGCAGCGCGAGAUUGCAAACUCCCGUGGCCUCCCUCCAGCCGCCCAGCUGUUCUCCGAGUCGGACAUUCGCUCCGAGAGCUCCUCACCGCUGCCCACCACCUUCCCGGGCAUGGACUCUUUUCCGUUUCCUGCCCAGCCGCCCACCCCGUCCAAGACGCCGACCAAGGAGGGCGGGAAGAGGAGGUAUCGCAGACAUCCCAAGCCGGACCAGCAUGCCCCCAAGAAGCCGCGGACCGCGUAUGUGAACUUUGCAGACAACCUCAGGCUGGACCCGGCCGUCAGCAGUCUUUCCUUUGUUGACAUUGCACGUGAGGUUGGUCGACGCUGGCAACACCUCCCCGCCGAAGACAAGCAUCGAUGGGAGUGUGCUGCCGCCCGUGCAAUGCAGGAGUACGAGAUGCAGAUGGAGGCAUACAAGAAGACAGACGCAUAUGCCAGAUACCAGGACUACCUCGACGACUUCCGCCGCAAGCAGGCCGCCCUCAAGGACCGCGGCACCCCAUACGGGAAUCCCUCCUCUCACACCGCAGACGACCGACCACGGAGCCAUCAAUCACAGGAGCUCCUCCUGCUCGACCGCGCCAGCUCCGGCAGUCCAAUGUCCAUGGGCAGCGUGGCCACGCCCGAGAUGGACAAAUACACCGAAUCCAUGAGCCUCGCCAUGAAGGAUCUCGCCCACAUGCGCGCCGACUUCCUCUCCUCCGGCGUCCAGCUCUAUUCCGCAUCAAACCUCCCACCCGAACACAUCGUCCGCGAAGCCGCACACACAUUCCUCACCUCCACCUCCGCAACCAUCUUCGCCUGGCCACUCGACCACGUCUCCGCCCUCCUAUCCCGGAUUUACGCCCCGGGAACGAACACCUCCACCACCACCACCGACCCCAUGGCCCUCGCCGAAGCAUUCGUCCUCGCCUCCCUCGGCUCCUUCUACACACCCUCCAUCCCGCCCUCCAUGCGACACGCCCUCCACGCCUCCGCCACCGCUCUCCUCGAAACCGCCCUCCCCUCCCGCACAGACUACCUCCGCACCAUGCGCCUCUUCCUCUGCCUCUCCUACCACGCAACCCUGUCCAAACACCUCACCAGCAAGCCCCUCGCCGCCACCGGCCUCCGCCUCGCCCGCUGGAAAUACCAGGACUUCGCCCGCCUCCCAGACGCAGACAUGUGGCGCCGCGUCUACCGCAGCCUCAUCUUCAUGGACGCCUGGACCAGCGUCACGCUGGGCUACAGCACCGAUAUCACCGACACCGACGUCGCAAGCGUCUGCUUCGGCCUCGUUGCCGCCGGCCCAGACGACGCGAUUCAGCACUACAGCACCAGCAUCGUCGUGCUGGCCGCCGAGGUCGCCGCCUCGCUGCGCACGCCGGCAGCGUGCAGCGCCGAGACUGUCGCGCUCUUGUUGCGCAAGAUCGAGCUGUGGGAGCGCGACUUGCAUCCGCUCAUGCAGCUGCGCAAUCUCACCGCCGUCUCGCCCGUCGGCGCGGCCGUCCUGGAGCCGCGACAGCGCCAGGCGGCGCUUCUCGUCCACAUCCUCUACCUCUCCACCAUAAUCCUCCUCUACACACACCUGCACGCCGCCUCCACAUCUACAUCCUUACCCCCGCUCCCCCACCACAACCAACACCCCCCCUGGCCCGCCCCCUUCGCCGCCCAAAUCGCCCAUUCUCACACGCACAUUGCCUCCGCAGCCCGCCAGAUCGCAGCCUUACUCCCUCUACUCAACACGCAUCCCGCAGAUGCCCAUCGCCGCUGGUGGCUGCGCAUCCACGCUGCGUAUAUGGCUGGCGUGGGACUCUGUUUCGGCGUCGCGGUGCGUGUUGUCGGUGGGAGUACGGGGGAGAGUGCAGCUGCAGGUUCCGGCGCAGAAAAGGCUGAUCUGGACGCCGCGAGGGCGUGUAUCGGGCAUCUCGCGGCUGCGUCGACGUCGACGUCUACAUCACCCGCAGCAGCAGCAGCCGCCAACGCUAAAACACACACGGAAGGAACAGCAGACGCUGGAACAGAAACAGGGGUAGAAACAAACCCAAACCCAAACACAGACACAGACACAGACACCGACCCCGCAGCAACCCGCCUAACAACCCUCCUCCGCACCCAGCACGCCGCGCUCGAAUCCGUUCUCUCACGCGCUAGUGCCGUGCGUGUGGGCCCGCGCGGGAAGAGUAGUAUUUAUGCAUUGUUGGAUGGUGGGAGUAGUGGGAGUGGGAGUGGGAGUGGUAGUGGGACUGGAAGUGGGAGUACAAGUGGUGGUAGCAGACCGACGGAGCAACUGGCGCGACUGGAGGUUUUGCCCGUGUUGAGGGAUCUGGAGGGGCUGAUGGGUGGGUUGAUUGCGGGGGUUCGGGAGGGGUGGGUUGGGUUUUGA